AUGAACAAGAGACCCAAAGAAAGUAGCAAUGAUGAUAAUAAAACUUCUUGCGUCAAAAGCAACAAAAGACAACAAACUUCCUUAACUUCUUGGCUCAGUCCAAAACCUGCUCCUCCAAUUAAAGUUGAAGGACUUGAAAUUAAAAAUAAGGAAUUGUUAAGUUUAGAAUUGAAAACUAUUAGUAAUGAAUGGUUAAAAAUUUUGCUCAAGGAAAUUCAAGAGCCUUAUUUUAUCGAGUUGAAGAAAUUUCUUGAAGGAGAAAAAAAAAAAAAUCGUAAAAUUUUCCCACCUGAUGUUUAUAGUUGGUCAAGGAUGACACUUCCAUCUUCUGUAAAAGUUGUAAUCAUUGGUCAAGAUCCAUAUCAUGGUGUUGGUCAAGCACAUGGACUUUGCUUCAGUGUUCCACACAAAGUAACACCACCACCCUCUCUUGUCAAUAUAUAUAAAGCAUUGAAAUAUGAUAUUGAAUCAUUUAAAAUUCCAAAUCAUGGAAAUCUUUCUAAUUGGGCAAAUGAAGGCGUUUUAUUAUUAAAUACAUCACUUACUGUACGUGCACAUGAAGCAGAAAGUCAUAGCAAUAAAGGAUGGGAAAAAUUUACCGAUGCAGUAAUUCAAUAUCUGAAUAAUAAAAAAAGUGGAUUAGUAUUUAUGCUUUGGGGAAAUCAUGCCAUAAAAAAAGGAAAGAAUAUCAACAAGGAAAAACAUUGUGUUCUACAAGCUGUUCAUCCUUCGCCAUUAUCUGCUCCUCGAGGUUUCUUUAAUUGUAAACAUUGGUCAAAAGCCAACGAAUAUUUGAAGGCUAAUGGUAAAGAUGAAAUUAAUUGGAAUUGUUUGGACAAAACUGAUGAUGAUGACGAUGACAAGAAAAAAUGA